AUGCUCUCUUACCGUGCGAUGCGCUCGCCCGCAUUCCGCUCGGUGGCUAUGCGGGCCCACCGAGCGGCUGCUGCCACUCGUAACGUCAUCACCGUUGCUGAGGAGGCUGCUCCCCUCAAUGAAGCCGAUCUCAAGAAGAAGAUUGAGCUCAGCAUCAUCGAGAAGGGCAAGGGCUACUACCUCCCGUACCAAAAGGUGGAAGAAAACUUGAAGAUCGUUCGUGACCGUCUUAAGCGCCCCUUGACCAUGUCGGAAAAGAUUGUUUAUGGCCACUUGGAUGAGCCACACACUCAAGACAUUGAGCGUGGCGUGUCAUAUCUUCGUCUUCGCCCGGACCGUGUGGCGUGCCAAGAUGCUACUGCGCAGAUGGCUCUGCUUCAAUUCAUGUCUGCAGGCCUUCCUAAAGUAGCGGUCCCUACAACAGUUCACUGUGAUCAUCUUAUUGCCGCUGAUCAAGGUGGUGCUGAGGACCUUGCUAAUGCUAAGGAGCUCAACAAGGAGGUUUACGACUUCCUUGCCACCUGUAGUGCCAAGUACGGUAUUGGUUUCUGGAAGCCAGGCUCCGGUAUUAUUCACCAAAUUAUCAUCGAGAACUAUGCAUUCCCAGGUGGUCUUAUGAUCGGUACUGAUUCUCACACACCGAACGCUGGUGGUCUCAACAUGAUUGCUUGCGGUGUUGGUGGUGCUGACGCUGUUGAUGUGAUGGCCGGUAUCCCAUGGGAACUGAAAUGUCCGAAGGUAAUUGGUGUUGAGCUGAAGGGCAAGCUUUCAGGCUGGACUGCACCAAAGGACAUUAUCUUGAAGGUCGCUGGUGACCUCACUGUUAAGGGAGGUACUGGUGCUAUCGUUGAGUACAAGGGUCCUGGUGUUUCGUCUCUGUCUGCCACCGGUAUGGGCACUAUCUGUAACAUGGGUGCUGAAAUUGGUGCGACGACCUCCGUGUUCCCAUUCAACGACCGCCAGGCCAAGUACCUUGAAGCCACGGGCCGUGGAGAGAUUGCCGAGGCUGCUUCUAAGUUCCGCCGCAACCUUCUGCCGGACCGCGACGCUGAAUAUGACCAUCACCUCGAGAUCGACCUUGACAAUCUUGAGCCACACAUCAAUGGUCCAUUCACGCCUGACCUCGCGACCCCUCUGUCGAAGUUCAAGGAUGAGGUUAUCAAGAAUGGCUGGCCUGAGGAGCUCCGUGUGGCAUUGAUUGGCUCAUGCACAAACUCUUCUUAUGAAGACAUGUCUCGUUCGGCUUCUAUCGCCAAUCAGGGUAUGAAGCACGGUUUGAAGGUGAAGUCUGGUUUCACAGUCACGCCUGGUUCAGAACAAAUUCGCGCCACGAUUGAGCGUGAUGGUCAGAUGGAGACCCUUAAUAAAGUCGGUGGUAUGGUGCUCGCGAAUGCCUGUGGUCCGUGCAUUGGUCAAUGGAACCGACACGAUGUGAAGAAGGGUGAGAAGAACUCCAUCAUCACGUCUUACAACCGUAACUUCAGUGGUCGUAACGACGCUAACUUCGCCACUCAUGCGUUCGUGGCUUCACCCGAUCUUGUUACUGCAAUGGCGUUUGCUGGAUCAUUGACAUUUAACCCUAUGACUGAUAAGCUUAAGGGUAGCGAUGGCGAGGAGUUCGUUUUCGAGCCUCCCACCGGCGAAGAACUGCCAUCGAAAGGGUAUGACCGGGGUGAGAACACCUUCCAGGCUCCCCCACCUGACGGCUCCAACGUCGAGGUAAUUAUCCGUCCUGACUCUGAGCGUCUUCACUUCCUUGAGCCUUUCAAGAAAUGGGAGGACAAGGAUCCUAAGGAUAUGCCGAUUUUGAUUAAGGUUAAGGGUAAGUGCACCACGGACCAUAUCUCGGCCGGUGGUCCAUGGCUCCGUUACCGUGGUCAUCUGAGGAACAUUUCGAACAACUGCCUGAUUGGUGCUACAAACAGUGCCAAUGGGGAGACAAACAAUGUGCAAAACUACUACACUGGUGAGUGGGGUGCCGUUCCUGCCACUGCAACCUAUUACCGUGACCACGGUCACCCAUGGGUUGUGAUUGGUGAUGACAACUAUGGUGAGGGUUCGUCGCGAGAGCACGCUGCUCUUGAGCCUCGCUACCUAGGUGGCAUGGCUAUCAUCACCAAGUCAUUUGCGCGUAUCCAUGAGACGAACUGUAAGAAACAGGGUCUUCUGCCAAUGACGUUCCAGAACUCGAGCGACUACGAUCUGGUUCGUCCAGAUGACAUGAUUGACCUUGAGGGUGUAACGACGAUUGCCCCAGGCAGCAUCAUUACAAUGGUCUGCAAACACCGUGAUGGUUCGGAAGACCGUAUUCCUCUGCAGCACUCAUUCAACGAGAACCAGAUUGAAUGGUUCAAGGCCGGUAGUGCGUUGAACCUGAUGUCGUCUAGGGCUCAGAGCGCUUAA